UCAUUUUAAAUUUAUUCUAAAACUAGGUCAAAAAUGCGUGAGGUAAACAUUGUAUGCUGUUCGAGUGCUGUACAUAAUGCUAUGUGUAUAAAAUCUGGUUUAUCUGCUGUGUGCACAGGAGGAAAUAGAAGACACCAAGGAUCGACUAGAUCCUGACAUGUGGAGUUUAAUAGAAAUUAUUUGAAAUAGCAGAAGCUGUCCGGAAUGGCAAGUCCAUUGAUUGAUUCGCUGGUAGUGGCUGAUGCUAUUGCUGCGAAUUCUGUCGAGGACACGCGUAUGCUACUUGAGUCACAAUUCGACUUCAACAAACCUAUUCCACAGCCAUAUUCAGUCGAAGGGCAGACCAUUUACCCAAUCAGUCUUGCUUGUGCCAACGGCUGCGUAGAUGUACUAAAAUUUCUGCUAGACAACAAUGUUGACGCAAACAUCCCGGGCAAUGAUGGAAAACUGCCUAUUCACUACACAUGUGAUGCAGAAGGUAGAGCUGACGAGAAAAAGGUGGAAUGUGUUGUAGCAUUAAAUGCUUUGAUACAAGCCAACUGUGACAUAAAUGUCGUAGACAACAUGGGACGAACGCCAUUAUUCUUAGCCUGUGAGGCAGACAAUGUGGAAGCUGUGAAAUUGCUGAUUGACAAUCACUGCGAUGUCAACAAGCAAACAGUGUGCGGGGAUUCAGCUUUAAAAGUGUCAUGUAGAAAUGCCAAGUAUUGGUCUUAUUGGCAUGGAAGGGAUUCUACAUGUAGUUCUACAGGCAGAAAAAAGAACCCAUAUAACUUUCCACCCAUUCAGAUAACAAUGAUGUUGCUCGAGGCAAAUGCAAAUACUGAAGCUACUUUAUUACCGACGGCUGUUCAGCUUGGUAAUUCUAAAAUUGUGGAGGAACUUCUAGACCUUGGAAUGGACAUAAACAUGUUGGAUGAUAAUAUGUGCACGCCUAUUGGUAUUGCCUGUUCUUCUACGCAUGUCAGCCCAAAUCUUGUAAAGCUAUUACUCGAUAGAGGUGCUGAUGUUAACAAGGGUGGUGGCUGGAAAAAGCAAAAGCCCCUGAUAUUCGCAUAUGUUCAUAACUCUGUUGAGAAAAUCAAACUCCUUAUUUCGUACGGGGCAAAACUUUCUUCUGGAGAGAUGACAGAGAUGGUUUCAUUAACGCUUUCAAAGUCGAUCCUAGAGAAUCCUGAAGUUAUCGGGCCAAACAGCAAAGAACUACUUUCUUGGAGGUUGUUAAUGGCCCAGGGCUUCACGCCAGUCGUUAAUGGUACCGAUCUAAGUAACAAGUUUAGUCAGCUUAGCAUUUGUAGCAGUCACGAUAAGAUAUCACCAUGGUUAAAAAACCUUCUGUAUCCUGUUCGAUCUUUGAAGGAACUGUGUAGGAUCAGUAUUCGUAACAGCACACAGAUCCCUGUGGAUUUGAACCUAGAUUACCUCCCGUUGCCAGAGAGUGUCAAAGACUUUUUGAAGGUCAAUGAAAUUGGCCUUACUGAUUGAUAUAUAUAUAUUGAUAUAUAUAUAUUUAAUAUGAGAAACAAACCCGCCUUUGGAAUAUACAUGGAAAUGAUUUUGCUAUGUAUAUCAGUCUGUGUGAAAUGGUUUAUAAAGCACACCUAAUCUAAUAAUGAAAUUAAUAGGCCUGAAGGAAAACUAAAGACCCGAUACAGUAUUGUAUUUUACUAAGCAAAAAAGUUCAAGGACAUCUGUAUUUCAUGCAAACUGAUGUUAUUUUAUUUCCACAGGUCGUUUGUUUUCCAUUUUGUAUAUAUAUUGUUUUUGACAUUGGACUUGUGCAUUUAAAAUGCAUUGAAAGAAGUAGUAUUUGCGGACAAGUCAAAUUGAAAAACAGCAUUGCAAUUGUUUAUGUUUAAUUUUUAUAUCUUGUAUGAUUGUUGUAACUUUUAUACUUUUAAAGUGUAUAACUGCUGUGAAACCAAAAUAGCAUAAUCCAUGCUCAUUAACUGUCCUGAGAAAGAAAACAACAUAUUUCUGAGGUAUUUUUUGAAAAUAUGUUUAAACAUUGAUACCUUUAAAAUCGAUAAAAAAUAUUCCAAUAUAACAGUAAUUUGUGAAUUAUUCUGAACAGAGUGCACAUAAAACACUUGCAUGAAAUUUAAAAAAUCUGUUCUUCUAUUUUGCAAAAUUUCUCUUUAGUCAUGAUUGAUGGAAGUUGGUACUAGCUUGCUAUUGGCUGUGAUGCUAAUUUUACUAGUCAUGAUAUAUGUAGAUGUAAAUAUUAUUUGCAGUAUGUGCACUAUUCGAGUCAUUUAUUUUGCAUUUCAAAUUAUGUAAUUUUGUUGAGAAUGGUAUUGAUUUGAUCAACCAAAAAUGCAUUAUAUUUGUUUCAUGCCAAAGCCACCAUACAAUAUUUCUAUUUACUCCUGUAUGGUUAGUAUAUCUAUGGAUUAUUCGGUUAGAUAUUAAGCAGUUUAUAUGCAAAUACUUUUCUAUGAACAUAUGAUAUAUUUGACUUUAGCUGUGGUCAAAACUAGCACGGGCCCACAAACACUGUGUAUUACAUAGCAGGAUUAAUUAAGAAUUCCAGCUUGUGACUCCAAAUGUCUAAUUUUGAUGACUGCUUUAGGCCUUUUCUUUAGUAGGACAAGCCGACCAGAUUUGUUGCUAGUUUUGGAAGAAAGAAGUUUCCAACUUAAAAUAAUCUGUUCAUUUUUAAACAGCUGCAAAGCAGUCUGAUGCAGGCAGUAUUUUUCAUUUUAUUGUCUGCAUUGGCUAUGUGCUAUCAGGCCUUUUUUCAAUAAGCUUAAAUAUAUAUAAAAAAAUGACUUGAUCAAAUCAAAAGUGUGCUGGUACAAAUUUUAAGGUUUUGAUCCCCUUUGUAGAAAAAAACAACAAAAACACAGAUUAAUUGGUGCAGAUACCGGUGAAGUCAAAUCCUUGUAUUUUAUUCGAAUACACAAGUGCCAUAUUACAUGCAUUGGAAUAUUUUUCUUGAUGAUCAAGUUUGUAGUGUGCCAAAAACUGCAUGAUGCAGAUCAAAUGAACCGCUACCGUUAUGUACUGAAAUUCAACAAACUGAUUGAAUAAGCAUCGCAUGCUAACUUUGCAAAAACAAAUGUUUUCAUAGAAAUCAAUACUUUACAAGUAAUUUAAGUUGAAAGUAGUGCCUAAACAGCUGUAUAAAUCCCUUUAUUAUCCAAUAUAAGUCUGGAAAUCAAGCUUUGAAGAAAUUUUGUUGAUUUAAAAAAAAAAAUAAGGUUAACUUAAAAGUAUACGUGGAAGAAGUUAAAUACCUAACCCUAUGUUGAUACUGUAGAUAUAAUUUGUAUUGUGUGCAUGCUAAAUACAGAUAGGGCUAAAACAGGUAUUAAUUUGCAAUUUGAUACAUAAUUGUCCUUGUUUUAAAUCAUUGAAAAUGAUUUCCUUUUUGUUAAUUGAAAUUAUUGACGCUUAUGUCUAUAAACCAUAGAAUUCUU